GAGUGAGCAACAGGGGGGGCUCAGGGUAGGAUAGAAUCAGAGAGUAUAUAAAAGUUAACUUAUUCAGUGGUUCUGAGAUGAUGACAUACGGUCUGAAAUCGUUGGGCUGUCUAUUGUCAGAAGGAUUUAGCCUUGGCCAAUGAGAAAGGAGUAGGAGUGUGGAAAUCACAGGACGCUAUAGAAGGCAGUGAAGAUACAUCAAGCACUCCUGUGAGGAUGGCAGCCAGUUUCUCUCUCCUGGAAGAGGACCUGUCGUGUAUAGUGUGCUAUCAGACAUUCAGGGAGCCAGUGAUCCUGCUCUGCAGCCACAGCUUCUGCAAGGCCUGUCUGGAGGAGAGCUGGAGUAAACAGGAGACGCAGGACUGCCCAGUCUGCAGAAGGUCCUCCAGAGACCAGUCGCCUCCCAACCUGGCUCCGAGACAUGUCUGUGAGACUCUACUGAGGGAGAGGGAGAUUAAGGACACUCCUGGGCCCACAGAGGAGGCGACAGAGGGGCCCUCACAGGGUGAAAACACCAUCCACAGGGGGUUACAGGGUGUGUGUGGUUUACACUCCCAGAGGCUCCAACUCUUCUGCCUUGAGGAUGAAUGUCUGGUGUGUGUGGAGUGUGUGUCGGAGCAUGCAGGCCACAGCUUCUGCUCUCUCGUGAAGGCAGCAGACCAGAGGAGGGAGGGGCUCAGACCCACACUGGAGGACUUGGAGGAAAAAAUGUCUGCCUUCUGCAAAGCCAAGCUAAGCUGUGACAAAAUGGCUGCUCACAUUAGGGCGCAGGCCCAGCUAGCAGAGAAGCAGAUAAUGAAUGAGUUUGAGAAGCUACACUGCUUCCUGAGAGAAGAGGAGGUGGAGAGGCUAGCUGCGCUGAAGGAGGAAGAGGAGGAGAAGAAUAAAAGGAUAAAGGAGAGAGUGAAGGAGAUAAGUGAGAUGAUGUCAUCUCUGUCAGACACAAUCAGGGCUGUGGAGGAGAAGCUGGCAGUGGAUGAUUUGUUGUUUCUGCAGCGCUACAAGACUAUGAUGGAGAGAGUACGGAGUGCGCCUAAGGACCCACAGCUGGGCUCAGGAGCACUGAUCAACUUGGCCAAACACCUGGGCAAUCUCAAGUUCCAGGUCUGGGAGAAGAUGCAGGGGGCAGUGAAAUACAUGCCUGUAGUUCUAGAACCAAACACUGCACAUCCCUAUCUCUAUCCAUCUGAAGAUCUGACCAGCCUACGAUCUGAAGAUAAAGGACAGAGUCUCCCAGACAACCCAGAGAGGUUUGAUUCAUACCGUGACAUCCUGGGUUCAGAGGGGUUCACUUCAGGGACACACUUCUGGGAUGUGGAAGUCGGAGAAAAUGAUGACUGGAGGGUAGGGGUGGCCAGUGAGUCUGUUAGUAGGAAACAUGAGUUAGAUGAAGAAGAAAGUGGAAUAUGGGCUGUUGGGGUAGCUAAUGGGGAACCUUAUAAAAUGAAGAAGAAGACCCAGAGGAUCAGAGUUUUGCUGAAGUGGGACAAACAGGAGGUGUCCUUCAUUGAUCUUAGUUCAUACACACAAACCCUCAGAACAUUUAAUCACAAAUUUACAGAGAAGAUGUAUCCAUACUUUUAUUUGUUAAAUGGUCAACCACUACAGAUCCUUCCAGGGAAAGUCUCUGUAAACGUGGAAAACCAUGUGGAAAACCAUGAUAUGGAAUUGUUUUAAGGUGGCUAUACCAUGGAUCAUUUAGUUACUUGAUUUAGAAUUGUAGGAUUAUUUGAUAAAAUAUUGAGUUUGGUCUUUACUGCUAUAGCCCAUAGAAAUGCAUUGAAUAACACAUUAAUAAAUGGCAAAACAGACAGUCAAAAAAUAAAUCAUAAGGAUAAGGUUUUGAAGUGUCUGUCCUAUACAGUAUCUAAGAUAUACUGUUUAAGAAAACUCAGGAAAUAUGUAUAUUUUUUUACACAUUUAAACCCUUUUUUUGUUGGCACAAAACUACUUCCACACUUUCAUAAUUCUUUACAACCGGUAUUGGGUUACUUUCAGACGAGUCCUGUGACACUUGUAGGGGUUGUAGAACAAAACAGAGAAUGCCUUCGUGUCCGUGAGGGUCUCCCCUUUCCAUAUCAGUUUUUUGACAAAACCGUUCGGAUGCUACAGAUGUUUGGUAACCUAACAGUGCAGUUCAAAGGCCAAAUCUUGACCAAGACAGCAGGGAAGAUUACAGGAAUGACACUUACCUUCUUUUCUCCUAUUCUCAUCAAUGUUACUUUCCUUUGGUUGUGUGGCUUUUGAUGCUAAACAGAAUCUAUCCCAUUGUUAUUUAAAAAAAUAUGUUUUGAGAAUUUCUGUGAUUGAACUAAAGUAGAUUCAUGCCUAUUGUUCAUUUAGAAUCGCCAGCUUGCCAAACUCCUUAUCAAUGUGCAAGACAAGACUUGUAUAAAAAGGUAAAUAUUGAAAAAAGGCUAGUAAAUUGAUUUAUUUAUUCUUCAACAUAAGAGACAAUGGGCAAAUAUUUACUGUUUUGGGUUGUUAACUUCCAGAAGAUGGAAUUCCAACCCUUCUAAAUGACCAUGCCUGGUGUUGAGGAUGACCAGACACGGAGAAUCUGCUUCGUCACGCAGCUCUGCCUCACCUUGUCUCAAUCUCUCCAUCCUGUCUCCUCUCCUUUCUCCAUGGCCCAGUCGGCUUGAUCGCAUCAAUAGAAAUCCUAUUCAAACCCAUACUGGAGAAGAGCUGAAAAUCAAUGGUUUGCAUAUCACCUGAUUUAGAUCUGUGUGUGUGUGUGCCGGCUUGUUGUGUGUGUGUGGGGUGUGAGGUCGGGCCCUGCGGGCGGCAGCCCCUUUACAUGGGACAAAGUAAUGAGAUUACCCCGGCCUCCAGGACCCCACACAGCAGACACAGUGAUCAGAUUAGGGAAAAGGACACUGAAACUUUUAGAAAGCUGUGACUUCAUCCCUGUCUGUCUGUCUGUCUGAGGGGAAUGAAGCUCUCUCUCAGUAGGCCUGCUGUUUUUACUUGAGCCUUUCGACCAGUUCUCUUUUUUCUCUCUGGUGAUCGUGCAUCAGUGUUCCUGUGUGCCUGCCGCUAUGCAAGUAUGACCGCUUUGGGAAUCGUGGCGAAGCAGCUGUUGGAUCUGUAGAGGCUCUUGGCUGUCUGCGGAAGCCUGCGCUAGCUGAAGGUGUUGGCCAUGGGGGGGUUUAUCAUGUCACUUUGAUGGAUUAGUGAUCUCAUUGCUAGGUCCAACGAUUAGGUCACCGGCCCAGGAGACAGCAAACCACCUACCAGGAGACAGCAAACCACCUACUGUGAAAUGCUGAUGCUAGACUUGUCCACCGGUUCUAAGUCACCAAGAAGUGCCCCUUGCAUCAAUGCCAAGCAGAGCUCCAGAUAGUCAGAGGGCCUCCGUGAAUAAUAGGCCAGAGUCCCCUUAGAGAGGAAGGAAGCAGAUAUCAUGGAAUCAGUGCAACACACCCACACACAGAAACACUUACUGUAAACCCCCAAUCCAACUCUCUCACCACCAAGAAGUGCCCUCCCUCACCAUAAUGAGAUUCCUCUCUUCCCAUGAGCCCACCUUCAUUUGCUCAGUGGUGCAUUCGCUGGCUGUUAAACUGAAGGAUGGACUGUACAGGUUGUCUGGCUUUUAUCUUUUUCCAUGAUUCAUCUUCAUCUCUCCUUUGAAAGGGAGAGGUACACCAGUGUUUUUAGUAAUUAUUCCAUCUGAGACAAGCAGAUCUAACCAGCACAGAACAGGUGUUAAAAUAGACGUAUCAUCUUAUGAGGGUCUUCCCAUACUUUCCUGGAGACAUGGAAACAUUACUGUACCAAGAGAGAUGAUUGUAUUAAGGUUUCUGGGAUAUUACAGUAGAUGCUAUGGCAUCAGGUGGCCAUGCUCUCGUCAUUCAGCCAAACGAUGCCAUGGUGACAUCCAUCUAUCCCAGACCACUUUACAGCUGGAUUCACAUGACAUAAAUGUGAUUAAGUUGGGAAAACAGUUUGUUUUAUUACCGCUCCAGAAAUCACAGUAUUGUUCUCCAUAAUAACCCCAUUUUAAUAAAGGGCCCAUUUCAUAAGUUGUAGCUUGUCUAUUUCAACUUAAAGCUCUCUAUGUUAGAGAGGGACAUUUGUGUUUCUGCGGGAUUCAGCAUGUUCCUAAUGACAGACCCGGUCAGAUAUCUGGAAAUAUUCACUUGCUAUAUUAUAUUGUGCAAUGCCAUCAAAAUCAGACUGGACUGUAUACCUGGCAGCAGCUUUAAGAACAUUAUUCCCUUCCUUCUCCCUGUCUCUUGCAGGGUCACUUAGAGGUCAUUUUCCUACAAUUAGUUGCACCAACAGCGUGUACUUUCAUGGAAUGUUGAUUUCUCUGUAAUACUGUAUGUAACCACACACUACAACCAGGUAACUCAUUUCAAAUGGUGAGUCUAAUAAUGUAACUGUCUGUCACAAUGUAACUCUUGGUACAUUUUAUCCAACCUGUAUUCUGGAGAAAGUACAAUAUAUAGUAUGUAAGGACAAUUCACAUUGAUAUUCUUAUCUUAGUAUAUGUAGUUUCUGCUCAAAUAAAGCAGUUGGCAUUUCCACAUCGACGCCUCAAUAAACAAUAGCUAUAGCAGACAAACAAUGCUGGAUAGGAAACAAUGGGAGGGUACACGUUAGGUGUAAACUAAAAGAAGAGGACCUCCAGCUGUGGUAAAAGCCUGGGCCAUGUGAAGCAGAGGCAGCAGCAUCAUAAAGAUAAGAUGGGCGUUCUCUCUGCUUUCCAUUCUCUGGGCUCCUGCAGAGCCUUUUGUCUGCAUACAUACACAACUGUGGAUGGAUGCGUUUUAUAGCCUGUGUCAUGGAGAAAUACACUCCUAUUCUCACUGAUUGCUGUCGCCUGCCGGGCAUGCGUAAAACAUUGUCAUUGUUUUAUUGGCGUAACGAAUGGAUCUGAUAAGACUGCUUCUGCCAAGGACCUGCACAUGCCAUGUGUACAAUAGCAUGCUUUAGUAGUUCUGAAGUACAGCAGCUCAGGUGUAGAAAUGUACAGUGUUGGUUGUUAACGCGACAAAGUCUCUUUUUGUGUGUUAGAAAACAAUACCGUGUUGAUAUAUGCAUAGCAGUUGAUGAUCAUUUCAUAGGAAUGUUUCAGUAAAUGAAAUUAACUGUAAAUAAAGUUCAUACAUCUUUGUC